UGGCUAGUUCAGUUGAUAUUUCGCCACGAUUGAUAGCAGAGUGUGAUCGGAUUCGGAAGUUCUAAAAAAAAACAAAUCAAAAAAAUGAAGAAAAUAAAAAUACCCAUCAUUGCAAUACUGCUGUGGUUUAUUGUUGUUAUUGGUUUCGCACAAACCAAUUCAUCACACCCACCGCCAUCUGGACGCUCCUCCCGUUCGGACGAUUAUCAUCAAUUCGAUUUGCGGGAUGAUGUCCAGGAACGCCUUUAUCUGUUAUCUAUGGAUAGGAAUAUUUCACCCUGUGACGAUUUCUAUGGUUAUGCCUGUGGCAAUUGGAAUCCGGAAGGGGGAAGAACUUAUCAAGAGACCCUGACAAGACUAGAUUUUGAAAUCAACAUGGAGAUGAAACAAAUUCUGCAAAAUGUCACCCAAAUCAGCCAAAGGAAAUUCGCCCAAGAAGUUUCGAAUUAUUACAAAUCUUGUUUGAGCACCGAGGCACCAGCCACUGUGGAUUAUUUAAAGUGGUUAGAAACCCAUGAACACGACCUGCAAUGGCCCAUAAGUAUAAGCCAAGGAAGUCAGGGGUAUUAUCCCUCACAGCAAUAUGAUUGGAUACGUAUGUUGGCCAUACUACGAAAAUAUGGCCUGAACGAUGUCAUCAUCCAUGAAUCGGCCGUCCCGAAGGAUACAAAUCCCAAUAUAUUGAUUCUGGAAUUGGGAUCACCUCAGGAUUUGGGUAACCACAAAAUGAACACGCUGCGUUAUGAUGUAAUAACUGGAACCAUAAGAUUUCUCAUGCCCGAACGAGAAUAUCACACCCUCUGGAGUGAUGUCCAAGAUUUGGAUAAUAAACUUUUGGUGUUGAAAACCAAAUAUGAAUCCGAUGAACAGAUUCUGUUCGCCACCAUCAGCGGUUUGAGUGAUCAGCCAUGGUUGCUGCAAUACAUUAGCGUUCUUUUGGACAAUGACAAUCUGGAUCCCACAAUGGAAGUGGUGGUAACAAACAUUGCCUACCUUAGGGCGGUUGUGGAUUUUCUACAGACCUACGAGGCCCGCUUUGUUUGUGAAUACCUGCAAAUGAAAUUCCUUAGCUAUCUCAACUAUAAACAAUUUAAAAACGAAUACCGAGAUUGUGUAGCCAGCACCCGAUUGCUGUUUCCCCUGCCCACCCAGUGGCUGUUCGAUCAGAAUCAUCCUGAACUGGAAACUGAAAUAGAUGUGGUCAGCAGAAUGUUCACCAAACUCAAGCAGACAUUUCUGAGAGUGCUCAAUCGCAAUGUCUACAAUCUGGAUCAGUCCAUGAUGAAAUUCUUUAGGGCCAAGUUGCGCACGCUGCAGCUGAGAGUGGGCUAUCUCUCCUCGCAUAGCCUGGAAGAGUUGUACCGCAGCUUAAGCCUCAAUCCCGAGGACUACUAUGGCAAUCGUUUGAGAAUCUACAACUUUAAUUUCCAGGCCACACAUCAUCAUCUGAACCAGCGUCUCAGGCGUAAUGCCUUGGAAUUCCUGCCACUGGAACAGUAUGACACAGCAAAUUCCCUGCUACCCUACAUUUUGCCAAGACAACGUGCCGUCCUGGUGCCACUUGCCAUCCUCCAACAUCCGUUCUAUCGGCCCGAAUUACCAUCGGCAUACAUCUACAGUUCCAUAGGCUAUCUGAUGGGCCGUCAAAUAAUGUACGAAUUUACCAUUGCCGACAUUGAUGUCAGCGCCUAUGGUCAGGUGUUCUCCUAUGUUCUCGAUAUGCUCGUUGAAAAUUGGGAUUUCCGAGUGGAUUACGAACACAUAGCGCAAAAUCAUCGUGGCGAAACCGAAGAAGUUGACAGUGCCAUCAAUGGCCUGCGUUUGGCCUAUCAGGCAUUCAGGGAAGAUCAGUACGAUGCGAAUUUGUUGAAAUCAUUUUUCCUCAACUUUGCACAAAUGUAUUGCGGUACAGUGGAUGCCAGCUACCAUCGACCGUCGCAGAGCACAAUGAAUCGGAAAAUUGUCAAUUUCGCUGUGAAUCAUAUCGGAGAUUUUUCGCGAGCAUUUGGCUGUGAGCGUGGACCGGUUCAUGGAAUACUUUUUUGGCAUAAAAAUGAUAAUUAGCAAAGUAAAUAUAAAUUUUUCCGAAUUAUUAUUAUUAAAAAAAAAAAUAGAUCGAUACGAAAUA